AUGGCGUCGGCCAAGCGCGAGUCAUUAUCUGCGUGUACAUCUGUGGAAUCGAUGGGUAGCGCAAUGGCAUCAAUGCCCCAUUACCUCUCUACGGGCGUCAACAAGCUAACAGCUUCUACUGUCAAUGAUGCGGUGGAUGCUCUCAAGUCCAUGUUGCUACUUACCAUCACGGCUCUUGGAGAAAUCAUCUACUUUGUUCUCAACAUGAUGUACUCGACCUACGCCUGUCUCAUUGCUGUCGCCGUCAAUGGCACAAUCAAAGCUGGCAUUGAAGUCGUCGAGUCAGCUACGAGCUGGAUCAACGGGACCCUCGUUGAUAUUGGCGACGAUAUUGAGGGAGUUGUUGACAAAUACCAAACUGGACUAGACGCAUUCAUCUCAAAGUUCAACUCCGUGGCCACCUUUUUCGACAAGGACUUUGAGAAGAUUGACCUCAACAGCACAAUCGACAAAUUGGAAAAUCUAUCAUUACCAUCUUCUGUCAAUGACACAAUCUCCAAAAUGGACAAACUAGUCCUGCCCGAUUUCACAACCCUCCAAGCUGAUGCCAAGAAGCUCAUCAUGUUGCCUUUCAACGAGCUCCGAGAUCUAGUCAACGAUACCUUGGGCGCGUACGAGUUUGAUUCUUCUGCACUUUCGAUUCCCGCGAAAAAGCAGUUGACAUUUUGCGAUGGUAACAGUGGUAUCAAUGAUUUCUUCGACGGCGUCACCAGUAUAGCCAUCACAGCACGCAAGAUUUUCAUCGCCGUUUUGCUGAUUGUGGCGAUACUUGUAUGCAUUCCUGUUGCAUGGCAAGAAAUCCGACGAUGGCGCUCAAUGAAAGAGCGCUCUCAAUUGGUUCGCAAGGAAGCACACGACCCAAUGGAUGUUGUAUACAUCGUUUCACGGCCAUACACAGCCGCAGCAGGUAUUAAAGCUGCAAGCCGGUUCAGCAACAGUCGUCGCCAAAUCCUCGUUCGAUGGGCUAUCGCAUACGCAACAUCUUUCCCUGCACUAUUCGUUUUAGCUCUUGCAGUGGCAGCACUCUUCGCCUGCUUCUGCCAAUGGUUGCUCCUACGUCAGAUCAAGCAGACGGUUCCCGAACUGAGUGCCGAAGUAGGCGAAUUCGCAGACAAAGUCGUCGGCGCUUUACAAAAUGCCUCGGCUGAAUGGGCCACAGAUGCCAAUAAUGCAAUCGGCAAGGUCGACAGUGGCCUGAACGACGACGUCUUUGGCUGGGUUAACAAAACAGCGGGAUAUAUCAACGGAACCCUCAACUUCUUCAUCACAAACACAUCCGACACGCUGAAUCAUACAUUCUCGGGCACAGUCCUCCAAGGUCCGGUCAACGAUCUCUACAACUGCCUUGUCAAAUUAAAGGCCGAGUCAAUGCAGAAAGGUCUCGACUGGGUUGUCGACCACGCACAUAUUUCUCUUCCUACAUUCCCAAACGACACAUUCUCAGCCGGAGCCUCAGACAGUAUCAACAGCACAUCAAACCCAUCCGAUAGUUUCCUAGCCGAUGCAGGUGACGAAACAUCCAACAAAAUCACCGAAGUCGUCAUUCGUGUUGUCAACAAACUAGAAAGCGCAGUGCGCAUUGAAGCAAUCAUCGCAACAUGUAUCUUGCUCGUCUGGGUUCUCAUCGCGCUCAUUGGAGUCACCCGUGCCAUGAUCUUGUUCUGGGGUCGGGAGAAGCCUCGUGGUGAAGGUGGUCAGGGUCAUAUUCUUGAUCCUGUUCCUCAUGGUCCGCAUGGUCAUAGUCCUCAGCAAGUUCGUAGCUCGAAUGUGUUUGAUGAAGUUCCACUUACUGCUAUGCCAAGGGGGACAAAUGCUGAUGAGCAUGUCGUUCCGGAGUAUACGGCUGCACCAACUAGCUCGGUGCCUGUUGCUGGUGGGCAUGGUUAUCGGGAUGAGAAGCUUGGGUUUGCUGGGCAGAGGAACUAUGGGAACGCGUUGCAGGUUGAUGGUGGCAAUGAUUUGAGGGGGAGCUUUCAUGUUGAAUAUGAUGUGAAGCGAUGA